UUGUAGUUUCAGGCCUAAAGAUAAACAUCAGCUCAGUCCAGCGUUGCGUCUGGCAGCAAGUUAAUGAUAAAGACUACGAUAUUUUUGACCCUAUAAAUCCAGACUUACGUCUUAUCUAAUUCGGAGGAUGAAAGCAUCAAAGUUUGAUUUCAAUCUGACAUGACCUUACUCAGUCAAUAAUAAAGAAAUCAAGGUUAUAUAGAGGGCAUUGACAUCACUUUUCCACGUGACCACACGGGAGCACGCCCUGUUGAGUGGCAAACGUUCAACAAAAUGGUUGGUUUUCUUAGCGGGUGCUGCGAAAAUGCCAGCAAAACUGACUAUUAUCAGCUUAAGUUGAAUUUAUUUAGACUUGAUAGCAGAGGUGGACAAUACUUGGUUACAUUAGUUACAUUUUCUAAGCAUCUGUGCUUUAUUAGCGUGCUUGUCUGUGUAUUCUUUUAUAUUGCAUAUUAAAAUUGAUUUAAUACCUAAUUACAUUUGAAUGGUGUACUUUUACUUGAGUAAAAGUAUGUUAAUGUACUUAAAUAUUAAAUGUAAAACAAAAACUUGUAUUUAUGAAAUGUAUGAAAUGUGCUUUGGAAUGUAUGUUUUCCAAAGAAAAACACUGAUAAAAUACAAAUACUUGAAAAAAUACUUUUAAGUAGAAAGUAAAACCUCUGCUUGAUGGUGAUCCUAGCAACUUGUCAACCCACCUGUGGUCUGUGGACGUUGGCAUAAACGACCUAUUUACUUCUCUUUUCGGUGUUUUUAGCAGUCUGUAAAAGGAUAGCUCCGAAUUCUUGUUACUCUGUUAGUACAGUUUAUCGCACAACAGCUUAUUCCCAUUUAGACGCGUUUUCUCCGUGUUUCCGCUUAUUUCACAUUGUACACAAAUUGUGCCGCUCUGUCUUUUGCCUUUCAGUGGGCGUAACCGCAGUCUGUUUCGCCGAAGAUGACGUCACGUGCAUACCCUCUGUUGAGACGUCACAUCUCUUACUUCCGCGUUCGAAAAUAAGGUGAUAGAUUUAAAAUAAUAAUAAUAAUAAGGUGGAUAGAUCCGUGGUUUUCAUAGGUAGGAUCACAUAUCUUAUUGGGAUAUAAAACAUUUGUUGUUCUUUGGCUCUAGUUUUAGUUGGGCUUGACCGCAUAAGGCUUUCGUGGAACAAACGUAACUUUUGGUAAACUCCGCAAAAAAUCAAUAACAACUUUUACAGUAGCUAGUUUAUUUCUUAUAACGAGCAAAAUAAAAAAACAAGUAGAUUAUCUUUGUUUAAAUAACAGCUAAGGCGUAUCAAAAACUACACUGUGAUGUUACUGUGUAAAAUGCGUAUACAACAAUGUUAACUACAGAUCAGCUGCCAACCUCCCUUCACAUAGCAGUGAUAGCCGUCUCCCCUCGUCUUUAGGAAACCAAAACAUUUAAUUUUUUCGACGAGGUAUUUGUUCCUGAGUUUAGUCCAACGUGUAAAAAAUAAGGAGGUAACUUUUUUCACCACACGCGACCCUAGACACGCCUAAAUAUCGUAAACUUUGGCUGUGUCCGAAAUCUCUAAAAAGUUGUCUUCGGGGCAGCAUUUCAAGGAAUGCAUCAAGACACGUCCGAAUCUGUUUGCUUUACUUCCUUACUCCUGAGAUAACUUCCUCUUGUCCCACAAUUCUAUGCGUGUGUGUGCGCGCUCAGGGAAUGUGAUUGGUCGAGUUGAAAAAUAAAAUCACGGCCAAGAAAGCGGCUGGAGCCAAAAUUGAUUGUAAACAAGGUUUUAUUUUUACUUUUUAUACCUUUUGAUUGCUUUUUUAGCGAGAAUGUUGUAGUUUUGUAGUAGUUUAUGUGCCAUUGCUUUACUUGCUAUAGUGACUGGUAAAGCAACUAUUUGAACUUUUGCACACACAGCAGUAAAACAAACCGACAAGACAGAUGUAAGUUAAAGUUGCGCAGUGGCAGACGGACCUCUAUGCUGAAAAGAUGGACUACAGAGCAUUUUUAUAUCUGGUUGUCAGUUUAAUUUGUUUUGCGGCUCUGGAACAGACUCACGCUGCUGGGACGAAUAAUUGGACUGGGAAACUAUUAGUGGUUCCUCUAGAUGGAAGUCACUGGACAGGGCUAAAGGCUGUGGCAGAAGAAAUGGGCCGCAGGGGUCACACAGUAAUCGUGGUGAUGCCAGAGAUCAGCAUGCGUAUGGGUCCAGGUAAACACUACAUCACAAAAAUGUUUCCUGUCCCAUACAGCCGGGAUUUUUUUAAUCAAAUGAUGGCAGAAAGUUCUCAUCAUAUUACAACCUCAGAGGAUUCCUUCCUGAUGAGCGUCGUGUCAAAGGUGAACCAGAUGAAGAUGAUGUUUGAAUUUGUGACCUCUACAGCUGAAAGUCUCCUCAAGAACCAGGAGUUGAUCGACCUCCUAAGAGAGCAAAAGUUUGAUGCUGUCUUAACGGAUCCAGUCUUGCCAAUAGGGCCCAUACUGGCAUAUAAUCUUUCAGUACCGGUGGUGAACAUGUUAAGGGGGAUGCCGUGUGGCCUUGAUACUACAGCUACAGCUUGCCCCAACCCUCCGUCUUAUGUCCCACGCUUACUUACACGAAACAUAGAUCGUAUGACCUUUGGUCAGCGUGUGGUUAACAUGCUAGUAACUAUGCUGGAAGUGCCGCUCUGUAAGAUGAUGUACGGACCCUUUGAGGAAUUAAAAUCCAACUUUAUUCAGAGAGAUGUGAGCAUGAUGGAGAUCCUGAGCAGUGCUGCUGUUUGGUUGAUGCGGUAUGAUUUCACCCUGGAGUUCCCCAAACCAUUGAUGCCCAAUAUGGUGCUUAUAGGAGGAAUUAACUGUGACAUUAGAAAUCCACUGACAAAGGUAGGCUACAUUGUAAAGAUUUAAUUUGUUUUUAUAGUAGAAAAAUUAAAAGGGUGAUUGGUGCAUAAAUAAAAAUAAUUACAGUGUUUGUAACUUAAAGACAAAAUAGAAAACCAGUAUCAAUAAAAUCCAGUUUAGAAGUAAAUGUUGUUCCAGAAAAAUCUCAACGGGGGUCACUGUUGUCUCUCUUAUAACUGUGGUUUCCUGAUGGUGAACAUCAGCUCAGUUCAGUGUUGCAUCUGGCAGAGAGGGUUUGAGGAAAAUAAGAUAUUUGUGACCCUGUCUGUGAAAUGCAGACUAAAGUCUUAUAAUCUAAUUCUGAGAUUAAGAGCAUAAAAAUUUGAUUCCAAGGUUAUGCUUUCACAGAAUGUUCUUUAUAUUAUUAUUUCUAUGUAAAAUAAAGUUUUUAUGUAGAAAACUGUAAAUCUAAAAAAAAUGUCUUUAGCUGGGUUUUCACACGCAGGGUCACGUUAAAACCCACACUCUCUUUUGCAGGAGUUUGCAGUUUUGCUUUGACCGGGUCACUGGCCUUAUUGGGUUAUAAAACAUAUAUUGUUGUAUUUUGGCUCUAGUUUUAGUUGUGCUUAACAUUUGUGUGUGUGUGUGUGUGUGUGUGUGUGUGUGUGUGUGUGUGUGUGUGUGUGUGUGUGUGUGUGUGUGUGUGUGUACUUAUCUAUACUUUUAAUACAAAUUGGUUUCUUUAUGUAGUGUGCUUUGGGUCUUAUUUCCAUAUUUAAGUAUGGUCCCAUCCACCAGAUAAGAUCCCGCUAAUAGAACCCAACACAUUACCAGUAAAGACCAUUAUAAUUUUCAUUAAAACCAAUGCCAUUCCCAUUAGAACCAUUUAAUCCACUAGAACUUCUAUGAUGGUUUCUGUUGUUUUUUUCCAGCAGGAUUGUUAUUUACUUUCAUUCAGACUCUGCUGGUCCUGCAUAAAUUCUCACAUAAGCAAAAAUAUAAUCAAUUAUGACUUUUCAC